GCUCCCCCUGGGACAAACAGAGCCAAACAAUAAGCCACCAUUUAUCACUCAAAAGGGGUCAAAUAUUUGUCGUUUAGAUAAAUAGUGUACUUGUACCCUAAGUGUUUCUCAUGUUUCAGAAAUUCGUCGAAUGGAGUCUAGCAAGGUUUGGUUGCGGAAUAAUUAUGCGCCCGGUGAUCAAGUUCUGAGCCAGUGGAAGCAGUCAGUUCAACUGCGGUUGAGAAGUAUUCAACUCGACAAGGAUAAAAACAAAUCAACAGUUCUCUCAGAGUGGCCACGAUAUCAGGACGAAGACGGAUACUUACUGGUUGACGUUGACUUCGAAUUCCUAUUCCAAACAACAGACGAGCAAGGCAAACUGUUUGUCGAAUGGGAAUGGUUUUGUGAAAACUUCAUUGAAUAUUUUUCAUCAGCUGAUGUCAGAGAUGAUUAUUCCCGUCAGUUAAUUGGCGCACUCGAAGACGGUGAUUAUACAACAGAUACAAGAGACUUUGUGGUAUGUGCAGCAUUCCAUGGUCUUCUCAAACCAGUUAGAACGUCCGCUAAAAAGCUGCCAACGAUUCUUCAAGCACAAAUCGACACUUGCGCCAUAUGUGAAACGGAAGAAGAAUUUGCAGGGUCGUUGAAUUCUCAAAGGCAGGAACUGGAAUCGAACGGAACUCAAUUUUCGCCAAGAAUUUAUGCAGUCGGUCCAAUCGAAAAUUUCGAGUCGUUUUAUGUAGUGACGAAUAAGCUGAGGUACAAACUACCAUCCCUUGUACGGUGUCUGGAUGUCGUCGUGAAACUGAAAUUUACGUUGGAUCUGCAGUUCCCGGAAAGCUGUGAACUAUUCUGGGUUUUUAUCAGCAAAUAUUUCUACGAUAUUGACUACACUCAGAAAUCGCGGAACACCCAAAUAUUGCAGUUGCUCGCUUUUUUGAACUCGCGUGAAAAAUGAAAUGCUUUCUAUGCAUGGAGCUCAUGCCAACGUUUCAAACCCUCCUGGAUCAUCUUACAAUAUUCCACAGCACACCGUCAAGCUUCAACUACAAGUGCACGGCUUGUAUACCAACCACUUCAUUUCGUGAUCUAAGUCGUUUCAAAAGACACGUUAAAACGCAACAUGCUGAGUUCUGCUACGAGCAAGGAACAAACAAUACGCCUCUAGGAACAUCGUCGCCGUUGCCGCAUAAACAUCCACCUGCGUUGCAGUUACAAUUAUCCGAAGAAGACCUUGAACAUUCACACGACUGUAAUGAUGAUAAUUUAGAGAAAUCUGAAGAAAACCUUAUGGAUGACGAAGAAGAAAUAUUAGAUGUAAGAAACAGUUUAAGACAAUCUUUUAUGAAUUUUUCAAUGCAUUUGCUAAGUAAAAAACAUUUCACGAGACAAGAUGUUUUUGAGUUACAACAAAAUAUAACUGACCUUAUAAUUCAACCUGUUUGUGAUGCUAUUAAGAAAAUUGUUCGUUUACCUGAAGGAACGGUGGUUCGCCGUUUAAUUGAUGAUAUAUGUAAUCCUUGGCAGUUUAUUUCAACAGAGCAAAAACUGAAGACGCAGAUGAGAAAGUUUGGCUUAAGUAAUGAUACGCAAACGGUCAAGUUUGAAGAUGAGUCGAGUAAUGUUGUUUCUAAGGGAUGCCUAAUGCCUAUCAAAGAUCAGUUCAAACAAUAUUUUGAGUCAGGAACAGUAUUCGAAGAUACAAUUCAAAACAUGAAGAAUUUGGAAAAAAGUAAUGCAAUAACAAAUGUUAUACACGGAACACUAUGGAAAAGAUCAAAAACACAGUUUGCAGAUAAACAAGUUAUACCAUUUUUCUUAUUCAGUGAUGAAGCAGAAAUGAACGACGCUAUUGGAGCGCAUUCAGGAACACACAAAGUGUGGGGCAUUUAUUACCAGUUUCCUACUACCCCGCAACAGUACUUGAGCAAGCUGGAGAAUAUGUUUGUUGCGGGUUUCAUCAAGGCAACCGAUGUAACACCUCAUGGACCCUCAAAGGCUUUGAAAGAUCUCAUUGAAAUUUUCAUUGAUUUAGAACAAAAUGGAAUCGUUUUAAAAAUUGCAGACACUAAUAUCAGAGUUAAUUUUGUACUAGCAGGAAUCUUAGGAGAUAAUCUUGGCAUAAACACUUUGAUGGGUUACAGCACAUCGUUCAGCGCUUUGUUCUAUUGCCGAUUUUGUAAGAUGAACAAAUACGACGCACAAGAAGCGCUACAUAUAAGCUCUAAUCUAAGUCGAACCAGAGAGAACUAUGCAACAGAUUUAUUGAAGGAUUUUAAAGAAAGUGGAAUAAAGGAAGAAUCCGCCUUUAACAAACUGCAAUUUUACCACGUUGCCGAACAUUCAGUUGUAGAUCCAAUGCACGAUUUGUACUCACAUGGUAUUUGUGGGUACGACUUAGCACUUGUUCUUCGUUAUAUGAUUUGCAAUCUAAAAAUAUCACUCCAUACUAUCAAUUAUCGAAUUCAAAUGUUUGACUACGGUGAUACAGAAAAACGAAAUUUGUUUAGAAACAUUACUCGGGAAAACAUCAAAUCAGCAUCAUUCAAAAUGACUUCUAGGGAAAUGCAACUAUUUGUGCACUACUUUCCGCUCUUGUUUGGCGACUUGUUCCCUGAGCACAAUGAUGUAUGGAACUUUGUGAUGUCACUAGUUGAAUUGACAGAUAUGAUAUUAUUACCAGCAUUCGAUAACCAACUUUUAGAUACAUUGAAGCAACAAAUAGUCUACCAUCAUACAUUAUAUAAAAGCAUAUUCAAAGAAAAGUUUAAACCAAAAUACCAUAUUUUAAUUCAUUAUGUUGAUACGAUCAGAGCAGUAGGACCACCAAGAUUCACGUGGAGUUUCCGUUUCGAAGCGUUUCACCAAGUGUUCAAACGGUAUUGUCGCAACAUUACUUCACGUAAGAAUAUCUGUUUAACUCUAUGCGAAAAAGCAAAACUAAUAUUUAACGAAAACCUAGUCAAUUGCAAUUUUUUUCAUGAUAGAGUUGAUUACAAAAAUGCUAUAAAUAUCAAAUUGAUUGACAUGCCAUAUUUUCCAUUUCUCGAUGUUAAUACAAAACUAAUGACUUCGUCGCUAAAAGCAGUCAACAAAGUGAAAUUCAGAGGCAUUGAAUACAAAAAAAGUCAUUUUCUGACAAUAUCUACAGUAAACAUGAGAAAAAUUAAGCUAUAUGAGAUACAAGACAUAUUGAUAAAUACCAAAGGCGAACUAUUCGUUAUUUGUCGAGAAUGGGAUGUUUUGGAGUACUCCAACCAUUAUGCUUCUUUUGUGGUUCAUAACGCAUUAGAUUAUUAUUGUAUCAAGAACCUAGAUUGUUUCGAUGGUCCUCCUAUUCACAUGUAUAAAGUAGGUGAUAAUAUGUUCGUACGGUUAAAAAAAUAUUUUGUCUGAAUAGGAUUAAGUGAGACGCUUAAAUAUAACAAUAAUCAAAAAAUGGGUAAUGAUUGUUUUUACUAUAUAAAUACUACUUUUCA